GCUGACAGUGUGAGUGAUUAAAUACUAAUACGUUCUAAAAAAUGUCAACCGAACGUUAUUACCCACAAGAUGAACAAGAAAAGCUUAUAGAAAAGUCCAAGAGGAGAGCAUUCUUAAGGGAGGAGUUCCUUAAACAGACCACAAAUCCUUUUAGACAUGCUACUGGUGAAGGGGGCACAGUGUUUGAUCCGGCCAUUCAGCGUUACAGUGCAAUGAUAAUAAACCAAUACGAUUACUUCAGACCGACACCUAAGACGUCAUUUAUGGGGAUAGUUCUUAUCGUCAUCCCCUUUUGUUCCUAUUGGUACCUUUUGAAAACAACAAGGGAGAAAAGGGAGCAGCAGUACAGAAGUGGCGAAAUCCCUUACAGCAAGCGUCUAUUCAAGUUCAUUUAAAAUAAUUGCUCCGAUAGUGCUAAAUUGCAAUGUGUAUUUAUGUGAUUCUGUAGUUCAAUAAAGAAUAUCUUUUGAAAAAGUC